AUAUGGAGAUGAGAGAGAGCAGGUCGAGGGAGAGAAUUAUAUAUAAACUGGAUUCUUGUCGGGAUCACGUCAUUCUUAGUCGUGAAAUGGAACCAACGAUGAAUAUGAAGAUACAUUUUGUAUUAUAUUUUACAUUAUGUUUUUUCUUGGCACGUGGACAAGGAGAUGAGUCAUAUUAUUAUCGAAGUAAAUUUAUUAAAGUUACCAAUGCUACAAUUGAUGGAAAUUUCUUGCUGAAGAUGCCUGCGAACGAUAGCGAAAAUUGUGCAGAAAUAUGUCACAGAGACGAUAUGUGUAAUUCAUUCGUAUUAAACCACGUAGAAGAGUGGUGUGAACUUUAUCGCGAGACGACAAGAGCACAUAGAUUACUGAUAAACUCAAAUACUGACUACUAUGAGCUCAGACAUAUAAGUAAAGGCGAGUGUCCAGUCAGUGUCAUUUAUGGAGCCAAGUUCCAGGAACAUGCAUAUCCAGCUAAACAGGGGGAAUCAUUCUUUGACAUUCUAAAGCAUUGCUAUCAAUCGAAUUGGUGUAAGGCUUUCAGCUACAACUCCAAAUCAGCCGUAUACUACCUGAGUAAUUAUACAUCUCACAAUGCCACUGUUAUCGUGAUCAAAAAUGAUUGGCAACACAUUGAAUUCAUAAAAUCCUUCAAGUUCGAAAUGAAGUAUAAUCUAGAUGAUAUUCAGUCACCUAGUGGCUGCACUUUGAGAAAUUUACGUACGGUUUACUUUAAAAACGAGUUAAACAAAAAUGGUGGGAUACAGGCCACAAGAUACACAAGAAGAUUAGACACAAACACCUUUACAAAAUUGUUAAAGAGACCAGACGAUCGAAUCCAUAGCAGAAUUUCCUGUGCCGCUUCUUGUGAUUUAACUUCAGAAUGUAUUGGCUUCACAUAUAUAAAUAACAAGUGUGCUUUUAAAACUUUUUAUUGAAAUCCAAGAGACUUAUUCAAAAUAUUGUGUGUAGCCAAGUGACGUUGUCAUCAAUCUUUUGCAUCUUAGGUGCGGGCAGAAAUCUAAAGCUACGUCCCUUCACACAAUCGUUUCCUUCUUAUAUACGCUACUGAAAUGUAAUUCUUUAAAGCAUACUUGUAAUAUUUUACUACUUUUUCCUAGCCAUAACUGAAAAUUUUCUGUUUCGUUUCAACACAUCCUGCAUAGCAGUGAACAUACUUUAUCGGUAUACUACUCAGAACAUACUCAACAUCCCAACACAUAAAUUUCAAAUUUUAAAUUUUGACAUAUAUACUUUUAUUCCUUUAUUCUUUUACUUGAUCUAGUCAUUUGACUGCGGCCAUGCUGUAGCACUGCCUUGUAAUAAUAUAAAUUAUUUACAGGUUUUUUUUUCAGUUACGAAACAAUUUGUCGUGAUACUAGAAUUGUCUUAUUGUUAAAUAAAAUUU